AUGACAAGAUUUGCGCCGUUGUUGCAUAAUGUGAAUUUUAACAGAUACGACGGUUACGGAGCGGCAUAUCGUCAGAAAGGAAUAAAUUAUUUGGACGACAGUACGCCCGAUUACUACAAGGCACCGCCGUACCCACAGAAGCUUUCUUACUCUCCUAAGCCUUACCCGGCGCCUGAGAUCAUCGGUCCUAAAUGCUUCCCCGACUAUCCUAAGAAGAGCGCCCACACUGCCGGUUGUUGUCUUUCACCAACCACUGCCGCCGGCUACAAUGCUUCCGAUGUGACUUUGGAGGUUACUAUUGGAGUGAAAUCGGUUGCGUGGGAUUUCAACCGCACCUACGUUUAUCCGGAGGUAGUUGAAGGCUGUUCGCGUAAGUACAGUGUACAAUCGGCCAUUCCCCAUCCGGACUACGACUCGGAUACUCUCAACAACGAUAUCGCAGUGUUGAUCCUAUCCGAACCCAUCGAUUUCCGCCGGCAUAAUGGGACAUUUCCUGACCCACCACGCCCGGAUAUUCCCCUGAAGUACGUACUGCAGACUAUCCUUCCUGAUGAAAACUGUUCGUACGCUCUCGGCGGUGAUAAACCAAGCAACCUCGAUCUGUUUCUGUGCGCCGGUGGGAUUUACGGCGAAGACACCUGUCUCGGUGACAGCGGCGGACCGCUGUUUUGCUAUGAUCCCCGAACUCGGACCCAGUAUCUUGCCGGGCUAACGUCUUUCGGCAUAGGCACAUACGUUUAUCCGUCGGUUGUGGAAGGCUGUUCCCGUCAGUACGUUGCGCGAUCCGCCAUCUCCCAUCCGGAUUUCGAUUUGAAUAUUGCAAACAACGAUAUUGGGAUGUUGGUCCUGGCCGAGCCCAUUGAUUUCUGCCAGCGUAGUGGCUGCGCUUGCAAAUUGUGUAUGAGCACUCAGACCAACUUGGAUCUGUUUCUCUGCGCCGGUGGGACCAUCGGCGAAGGUGCUUGCUUCUAUGAUAGCGGCGGGCCGCUCUUCGGUUACGAUUCUCGAAAACGAGCGCAAUAUCUUGCGGAAAAACCGCCGCGAAUUCAUCAAAAAAAUGAGACCCGGGGACCGCACCAGUCUGCUGUAGAACAGUUCAAAAUUCACCAGAAUAGAUUGAUAAAAUGGCUGCAGCAUUUACAAAUAUUUGCAUCGUCGCAGAAUAGAAUUGUUGGUGGACUUGAUGCUCCCAACGGCAGUGCAUCAAUAUGUUGGCAGGUUUCCGUUUAUAUCCAGUCACCAGCCCUCAUCGCCCUUUGCGGUGGCGUUAUAAUAGGAACACAGACAAUCCUCACCGCUGGCCACUGCGUGGCUAUUCCCACUCUUUUGACUACUCUUGCUGGUUACAAUGCUUCUGAUGUUACCUACACAGUAACAAUCGGAGCCAAAUCGGUUGCAUUUGAUUUCAAUAGUACUUUCGUUUAUCCAUCUGUUGUGGAUGGCUGCUCUCGUCAGUACAAAGUGCGCUCGGCCAUUCCCCACCCGGAGUUCAGCCUGGAUACAUUAAACAACGACAUUGCGUUGUUAAUCCUGUCCGAGCCCAUUGAUUUUCGCCGGCAUAGUGCCUGUGCUUGCACAUUAUGCCUUAGCACUCAGGUGCCGAAACCCGGAGACAGAUGCGUAGCCUCGGGAUUCGGACUCGAAACUACUGAUCGGGAAGAUCCUAACCCACCACGCCCCGACAUUCCCCUCAAAUAUGUACUGCAAACAAUCCUUCCAGCGGAAAACUGUUCGUAUGCUUUAGAAGGAGAAGACCCGAAUAACCUAACCAAUCUCGACCUGUUUCUCUGCGCCGGUGACAUUUACGGUGAAGGUACAUGUAACGGUGACAGUGGCGGACCACUCUUCUGCUACGAUCCCCGAACGCGAACGCAGUAUCUUGCGGGAUUGACGUCAUUUGGUGCCGAAGAAUGUUCUGACGGAAGGGGCAAUGGCUUUACUAAAGUUAAUCCAUAUCUACCUUGGAUAUUUAAUAACGCGCCGUUGGGCGAUGUAACCGUUAUGAUCUAA